AUGGUGACCGUUGCUGCCUUUCGGCAAACCAUUGGUCGCUUCCUUCGCGAUCCGGAGGUGCGUGCUCAUAAGAAGGACGAGUUGAUUAUCAUGCUCGGCUGGUCGGACUCUGUCAUCAGGCGCAUCGUGAAAGACUGUGAGGUCAAUGAUGCAGUCGACUGCGUCAACAUCACUGGGGUUGCGAUGCAUAACUAUGGCACAGGCACAAGACCUCCGACGACAAGUCAGAUUCGCAACAGCGAUAUUGCGGUGCUGGGCGAUUCGGACGAUGAUUGA